UCUUUCUUGUAGCACCGCCACUCUUCUUUCAUAUUCUCCAGUCCAGAGUCUUUCAUUGGCUUUGUGGAGACUUCAAGGAUGACACCCUAGAUUACAAUUCUCCCUACGGAUUUACUCACAUGGACAUUUUUCUUCUUCCAAAAACUUUUCUUCACUUUUGGACUCUUCACAUGGACUUAAGCAAACUCAGUGAAGUAUCCAUUUCAUUUUUGCGAACUGAUAUUUUGGAGAUGUCUUUGCCUUCACAAGCCCAGCCUUGGGAACACAGUGAGUCCCCGAAGAAGUUUGUUCCAAGCCAAAGCAAGGUGGCAAAUAUGUAAGAUGUAAGCCAAAAACCAUGCUAAGAUUUUGGAGGGUAGUGUUGAAACUUCACAUUCGAUAGAGCUUGUUAUAUUUGGACUUUUUGAACCCUGAGAAGUGAAUUAUGGGAGUGAACCAGAGCACCUCAGUCCCCAUGAUUCACAACAGCACAGUGCCCUACCACCCUGCUGCCGGGUACUGGAGCCUUGUCAUCCUGGGCAUCAUCAUACUCACCAUAGUGGUGGGAAACCUGCUGGUCAUCGUCGCUGUGGCUCGCACGUUACAGCUGCAAACCACAACCAACAUGUUCAUCAUGUCUCUGGCGUGCGCAGACCUCAUCAUGGGGGUCUUCGUCGUACCCCUAGGUGCCACUAUAGUGGUGACAGGUAACUGGCAGUUGGAUGAAACCUCCUGUGAUCUCUGGACUUCUGUGGACGUCCUGUGCGUGACAGCGAGCAUCGAGACUCUGUGCGUCAUAGCGGUAGAUCGGUACAUCGCCAUCACCAGACCGCUGCGGUACAAAGUUCUGCUGAAUAAGUGGCGCGCCAGGGUGAUAGCUUGUUUAGUGUGGGUGGUCUCUGCCUUGAUUUCCUUUGUGCCGAUUAUGAAGGGCUACUGGCGAGCAGAUGAGGCCGAAGCCAUGGACUGCUAUGCUGACCCCACGUGCUGCGACUUUGUGACCAACAGAGCCUUCGCCAUCAUUUCCUCAAUAGUUUCCUUCUACAUCCCCCUGUUGAUCAUGAUUUUUGUCUACGCCAAAGUCUUUCUAAUAGCAAGGCGACAGGUCCAGCUCAUAGAUAAGAACCAAACGCGAUUCAGGAAUGACUGUCAAAUCUCGUCUUACAACAAUAUACUUCCUUCGGUGUGUGGAGGCAACAACUCCCUGCGCAGGAAGAGCGCCAAGCGAAGGCCGUCACGGCUAAUGCUUGUCAAAGAGCACAAGGCUUUAAAGACGUUGGGGAUCAUCAUGGGAACCUUCACCAUCUGCUGGCUGCCAUUCUUCGUCGCCAACAUCAUCAACGCUUUCGACCGAACUGUCCCCUCGGAGAGGAUCUUUCGGUUCUUGAACUGGUUGGGUUACAUCAACUCGGGGCUAAACCCGAUCAUCUACUGCAGGAGUCCAGAAUUCCGUACUGCAUUCAAGAACCUACUGGGCUGCCCCUGGCUGUCCACGCCGAGGCUCAACGCUUUCUACAAAGAGCUGCGGACUCGAUGCUCCUGCUUCCCGUGGCAGGUAGAGCAAGGCGCUGUGGGCUCUUUCCAAAAAGCCUCAUCUGGUAGCCUGGCCAGUUCUCAGGAGAGAAGCAAAAGCGAGGAGGCAUACAGCGUACCUCUGCAAUCCAACGGCAGCGCACAGUUCAGUGACCUGUCAGAUCUGCAAACAAAUAUCUUAACAUUGCAGGAAAAAGAUGGAUGAGAAGUGAAAAACUCUGCUACUGAAGCAACUACUGUGAAUCCUGACAUGCAGCGAAGGAAGACCAGCAGAGACAACAUGACCUGUGAGACUGUCAAACCUCUUUGCUGACGCCCCAUGACGCAGUUCAUGUCAUAUUUCCCACAUGCUGAUUGUAAUGAACUACUUUCAAUAUAUCCUGUAUGUCUGAAGAUAUAUAAAUAAAUUCUAAUUUAUGAAGCAUAAAUACUAUAUUUUAAUGAAAUGGUUUUGUAAAAUCACUCACUUAAUGCACAGCUAGUUCAGAAUAUUUAAAUAAGAUGUUAAAUAAACAAGUGCGGAGAGUUUUUAAUCACUGUCUGUUGUGUUCUUUUCCAUCACCAAAACUAUUUUUCUUCAAAGAGUCAGACGGUAUUAAAGGGCCAACGAACAUCAGUGACUUCUCCUCAGCAUGGACAUUUAUAUUUUGGAGAGUUAAAAACAAUGAACUGUGUUAUUUUGGUCUUUUAUGUGUAUGUGUAGUUUUGUUUGUCACCAUUACAAAUAAAGCGAUGGAAUUCAACAUUGCAUCUGAAGUUCAUUGCUCGGGUUUGUUUAUGUGAAUAAAGACCAACUAUAUUUUCAUAGUACAAGUAUAACAGAAACCACAGAGCUGAUGUGGACUCAGAUUCCGAAGAGGAAUAUUCAUACUCUGAUGAAGAUAAAACAGAUAAAAAUUUGGCGCAUGUUGACA